AUGGGGCUCGAAGAUUUGGAACUGAAUGACAGCAGGCCUGCGACCCCCAGCAGAAGUGGCGUUGAGACACGAGAGCAACUUCCUCGACUUCCACUUGGAGGUCAAGCGCGCGAGGUCGAAUGCUCGCCAACUGUCGGGGAGCGUACCACGCGGAUGCUGAACCGCGCAGCAUCCACGGCGCGUGGGCUCGUGAAACUUCUGGGCAUUGGGGUCAUGAUUCUGGUCCUAAUCAUUGCCAUCAUGAACUGGCCGCCGUGGGUCAUCGAGAGUCCGGAAGCCAGAGUGCAGGUAAUGUCCGUCCUCUUCGCGGCAGGGCUGUUCAUCGUCGCUGUGGAAGAUGUUGUUGGCAUCAACAAGUCAGCGAUGAUGAUGGUCUUAGCCGCGGUCAUGUGGACUUUCCUGGCUGUCGGCUACCACCCAAACAACUCGAAGGCAGGGUACAUGCAGCUCCACGAGGAGCUCAACCGUGGCUUAGAGGACGUGGGCAGCGUGCUCCUCUUCCUCUUGCCAGCAAUGGGUGUCGUCGAGUCCAUCGAUCACUUCGAUGGCUUCGCUUUGGCUAAUAUGGCUAUCAAGCGGGCCAUCGAAGGAAGGAAGGACCGGCUGAUGCCGAUCAUUUGCAUCCUUACGUUCUUUCUCAGCUCCGUCAUCGAUAAUCUCACGUCGACCAUCGUGGCCGUAAAAAUUCUGCGGCGGCUUGCCUCCGAAGAUGAGGAAUAUCGCCGCCUAUGUGGCGGCCUUGCUGUGAUAGCAGCGAAUGCCGGAGGUGCCUGGUCACCCAUCGGUGAUGUGACCACCACCAUGCUUUGGAUUCAGGAGAAGAUCACGGCCACGAAUACUGUGCUGUGGCUGUUUUUUCCGUCGUUUGCGGCAGGCGUGCUGCCGCUGUGGGGCCUCAGGUGCCAGGCUCGUCGCCUUCUGGCGAGGCCUGGGCCAACAGAACACCGAAUCAAGGACCGCAAGAAAGGUCCAGGAUGGGAGCAGGAGCCUCUGAAGGAAGAAGGCUUGGACGAGGACGACACCGAGCAAAUCACCAGACAGAAGGUGAUCGCUUUGAUUUUCGGCGUGCUUUGCAUCCUCAUG